CAAACUUUCAACGUUUUCCAACACCUCCACCGGCGGCGUCACUUGCAAUUUUUCCAUCUCGCCAAUUUUCAAUUUUCUUGCCAAAGAUACGAAAAACUAAAAGCGCAAAGCAGAGAAAAUGGCAGCAGCUAUCGAUGGUGUUUUCCCGAGCACCCUGCAGGAGCUGGUGAAGAAGGCCAAGGUGCUGGUGGUGGGUGCCGGCGGAAUUGGCUGCGAGGUGCUCAAAAACCUUGUGCUCAGCGGCUUUUCAGACAUUGAAAUUAUCGACCUGGAUACCAUUGAUCUGAGCAACUUGAACCGACAGUUCCUGUUCCAUCGCGAGCACGUUGGAAAAUCCAAGGCGCGAGUGGCGAGGGAAAGCGCCCUGAGCUUCAAUCCGGAUGCCAAAAUAACCGCCUAUCAUGAUAGCGUUACAUCUACCGAUUAUGGUGUCAACUUCUUUAAGAAGUUCGAUUUGGUGCUAAGUGCCCUGGACAACAGGGCCGCUAGGAAUCAUGUGAAUCGCAUGUGCCUGAAUGCGGAUGUGCCGCUGAUCGAGAGCGGCACCGCCGGCUACAAUGGCCAGGUGGAGCUGAUCAAGCGAGGACUUACCCAGUGCUACGAGUGCACGCCGAAGGACAAACAGCGCAGCUUCCCCGGCUGCACCAUCCGCAAUACGCCCUCCGAACCGAUUCACUGCAUCGUCUGGGCCAAGCACCUCUUCAAUCAACUCUUUGGCGAGUCGCUGGAAGAUGAGGAUAUUUCCCCAGAUGCCGCUGAUCCCGAUGCCAAGGAGAAAGAUGAAGCCGGUGGAGAUGCUGAGCCAAAAGCUGAUGGGCAGGAGAAAGAGAAGGGCGAAGAGUCCAAGGAAGAGGACAAGGAGGCCACGGCCAAUGGCAAUGUGGUGCGGAUCAAUACCCGCCAGUGGGCCAAGGAUUGCAAAUACGAUGCUGGCAAGCUGUUCAACAAGUUCUUCAACGAGGAUAUUACCUACUUGUUGCGCAUGUCGAAUCUCUGGAAGACGCGCAAGGCACCCGUGCCCGUGCAGUGGGACACCCUGCUGCCCGAUGGAUCCUCUGGCGACCAAAAGGAGGUGGCCAAGCAGCACCACAAGAUCUGGAGCAUUGAGGAGUGCGGCCACGUUUUUGCCAAUGCUUUGAAGGAGUUGAGCGCGAACUUCCUGAAACUCGAAGGCGACGAUACGCUAUCUUGGGAUAAGGAUGACCAGCCGGCCAUGGACUUCGUGGCCGCCUGCGCCAAUGUGCGCUCCCACAUCUUUAACAUUGAGCGCAAGUCGCGCUUUGAGAUCAAAUCGAUGGCGGGCAACAUUAUUCCGGCCAUUGCCACCACCAAUGCGAUUACGGCGGGAAUUUCGGUGAUGCGUGCUUUUAAAGUGCUGGAGGGCAAGUUGGAGCAGUGCAAGGCUGUCUACGCCCGACUUAGGCCAAAUGCUCGCAAUCACUUCCUUGUGCCGGACGCCUCUCUGCCCGGUCCCAAUCCCAAUUGCCAUGUCUGCGCCAGCGAUCCGGCCAUUACCCUCAAGAUUGAUACGAAACGCAUUCGCAUUCGGGAGCUGCGCGACGAGGUCCUGGUGAAGACACUCAACAUGCUCAAUCCCGAUGUGACCGUGGAGAGCAAUGGCACCAUUUUGAUCUCCUCGGAGGAGGGCGAAACCGAAUGCAACGAGGGCAAACUCCUCAGCGAGCUGAAUAUUGUGGAUGGUGUUAUCCUCAAGUGCGAUGACUUCUUCCAGAACUACGAGCUGAGUAUUAUCAUCUCGCACUUUGAUGCGGAGCGUGAUCAGACUUUGUUUGAAGUGGUUGCCGAUGCAUCUCAGCUGAAGCCCAAGGAGGAGGAGCAAAAGAAGGAGGCUGUGCCGGAGGAGAAGGAGGAUGCUGAACAGAAAACGGCCAAGAAGCGCGCUGCGAACGGGGAAGGAGACGCCAAGGACGAUGGUCCAUCCACAUCGAAGCGCAGCCGACCCACCGAAGUGGAUGAGGAGGAUGACGAUGACUGCCUUGUGAUCGAGGAGGACGAGGAUGAGGCGGAUGUCGUUGCCGUGGCCACAGACAAACUCUCCGUGCAGAGUCCGCCCAAGGCGGGCACCAAGCGGAAGCCCAGCGAAGUGAUCGAGGAUGAGGAGGACAUCACCGAGAUCUUGGACUCCUCCGACGAUGAGCCCGCGGCACCCACCAAGUGCAAGCGUUCUCGUCUGGACGAGUCGCUGUCCAAUCCCGUAGAAGUCAUCAGUAUCGAUUAAUCAAAAGAAACAAUUUAUUCGAAUAAGUACUCAGCUGCAGCCUAAACAUUUCAUGGAUUCCUUUUAAUAAAAAGCAUUUUGCUUUGAAUAACA